UCACAGAGAAGGGGCUUUCCCCUAUGGUGUAAACAAGAUGGACUCGGGCUGAGAAUGCGUUUGGAGGCGUUUUAUUUUAAAACAAUUCGUGUAAAUAUAUGUAUAUAAAGGUACAGACCUCAGUAUUUUGAGAAAGUAAUAGGUGAAAAAUACACAGCGCGAUGUGGAGGAUCAAUGGCAUCGUGGGGAGAGUUCUGAACCGCUGUCACGUGACGAGUCCUCUGCGCCUCACCCAGGGACACCAUGUGGAGGAUGAUGUGUUGAACUCUUCUUCGCUGUUGUCUACCAGCCUUCAUCCCACUGAGAGCAGUAGCUUGUUCAGUUCUUCUGGCUCACACAAUGGAGAGAAUGGGGACCAGCAGCAGAAGGAGAAGACUUUUCACUAUUACUCUGCAGGCCUCCCGCGCUUCACUGCUUUGGAUGCUGUGGGAUGGGGGGCAGCAGCAGUGUUGUUCGUGCAGCUCUCUAGACGCGUUCACUCCCAUCUCUCUAACUGCGAUCAGAGCCAUCUUAGGGAGCCAACUCAGAUUUACAGAUGUGGAUACAGAGUCUUGGUUGAUUUGUUGACCCGCCAGAGUGUUUUGCCUAGAAGGGUGAAUGUGAAUUGCCUGAGAAGUUUGGAAAAUCAAAGUACAAGCUCUGGGGAAUCCUCCAGCUUUACAGGUAGUUCCACUUCCUCUACCACCCAAGAGAGUGCAUUUAACCAUGAUGAUUUAGAUACAGACAAGGUUCUGGCUGUAGACACUACAGACAAUGAAGAAGGUGGACAUCGAGAGAACCAGACAGAAAAUAAAAAGGAAACUUUCACACUAGAAGAUAAACUAACCUGGGCAAUGAAGAACCUGCAGUCUGUCACAGACUCAAGCAUUUCAACCAUUUUAAACAUUAUUGGUCUUGAGUAUACUAAAGCAGGGGACUACCGGACCGCAUUCUCCUGCUUCAGUAUGGCUGCCAGUCAAGGAUACUGCAAGGCACAGUUCAACCUGGGAGUGUGCUAUGAAAAAGGAAGAGGGGUUGUGAAGAACAUGGAAAAGGCUGCUGUGUAUUACAAACAGGCUGCUACUGCAGGACACAGCCAGGCACAGUACCAAUAUGCUAAGUACAUCCUGCACAGCAAAGCAACGGGGGAUACCACGGAUACUCGGAGAACCAUCAGGCUGAUGGAGCAGGCUGCUGCUUCAGGCCUUAAAGAGGCUCAGGCGUACCUAGGAGUGCUGUUUACUCGGGAGCCCUACAGAGACGAGAAAAAAGCUGUCCUAUACCUGAAGAUGGCAGCACAGAACGGGGACUCCCAGAGUCAGUUUAAUUUGGGACAGUGUUAUGAGAGAGGCUUUGGAGUACGUCAGUGCUACAGGACUGCGAUAGAUCACUAUCGGCAGGCUGCUGAAGCGGGGAAUGGCAAGGCUCAGCUCACUCUGACUAACCUCUACUGCCAGGGAACAGAAGAGGAUGUGGUUAUAAGAACAAUCAGAUCCUCGCCUUGUAUCUCUGCAGCAGGUCGGUUUUGGCUUGGAUCGGAAAGACCUUCAGAAACAGCAGACCUCCCAAUCCCAAACAACCUCGGCCAGGUUCUGCCCCACUCUUGGAGCACCGGAAGCAUCUGCACGAUGCCUGUUACCUAUUCUAUAACAAGCUUUGUCCAGGAGCCACGAAACAAACUCUUUUCACCUAAACCGGCUUCCUGCGUGUGGACGAUGGGGGUUGGGUAGGGUGUCGGAACCAUUUCAGAUGCACUUUUUUUUUUUUUUUUUUUUUUUUUUUUUUUUUUUUUAAUGGGUCAUAUGCAAAGCUUCUGCAGUAAAGGAAUUCCGUCCUGCCAUCUGACUGUUGUUCCUUAAUUUUUGGGGAUUAUUAUUUAUGUAUUUUGUCAGGUGGGUUCAUUUUUAACAAAGGUAGGACUCAUUGCAAUGUGCCUUUUUUAAUGUCAGUUGGUUUUAAUGCAUCCCUACCCAUCUGAGGGGGCAUUAUGUCCAUUUUUAUCAAUGUGACAAAAACUUUCGUCAUGGAUUUUUGUAGGGACUUCCAACGGAUUAAGGGUGAAACUGUAUUUUUCCCCCCCUGUCUGAAACAGUUGUUUUAUCCAGAGUGGGUAGAUAUAUUGGUGUAUUCAAAAUUGUAUUCCGGUUUGUUUUAUGUACAACCAAGCACAGGGUUUUGGAGAUUCAUUGUUGUGUGGUGGUUUUAUUUUAUUUUUGUAUUUAUUUUCUUAAAAGCACUUAAACUAAGCCUCUACCAUUGGGCUUUACUUGUGUUCAUAUGCUUGAAUAGGUCUGUAUUGUUUGGGUUCUAUGUUGGCGAUAAGCGAUUGUUAUUAUACACAAGUCACGCAAAUGCCAAAGGACAGUAAUAAUAAGAAAAGACAUGGUAAUGCUGUUCUGGGUUUGGAAAUAUGCACAAGUGUGAAAUGAAAACAUACUGCAAAAUUGCUUUGAAGCUAUUUAUUUGAGCUGGCUUGUGCAAGGUUGAGAACGAAUAUCUAAUAUAUCUGUUUUGGAUUCCUGGGUGGGUAUUUUAACACUGCUCCUUUUGGCUUUGUUACUGUAAAAUGACCGACUAAUACAAGAAUGUAUUUUGCAAAAAAAUAUAUAUGUAUGUAAUAAUGUAGUGAAAUAUUUUGAUGCAAAGCUAUCAAUACAUUUUUUUUUCCAAUUGUG